CCGAAGGCAACCUCCGGCCCAACCGCCAGAGACCAGCCACCCUGCUUUCUGGGCCCUCACCCACGAGACCCGGUGGCAGCAGCCCCAGGGAGGUCCCCUGUCCCAGAUCUGCUGAGAUUGCCAGGACGGGUGAGCCCUUGGAGACCAUUGCCAAGAGAGGCGAAGUGCAUCUUCAGACCCUCCUUGGUGCGGCCUUGCCUCGACUCGGGACCCACGCCAGCCAGCUGGCAGAGAACACCUCUAUCUCCUGCCGUGUUAGUCCCUGGAAAUUCCCAAGAGCCCUCUCGGGAGAAGGUGACAGAAAUCUGGACGCUGCAGCCCUGAGGGCAGGGCCAGGAGCAUCCCUGACUGGAGUCUGGACAGACCGGCCGAGAGGCCUCUCUCCUCCUUAGCCUUCAGGAAGGAUCGUGGCAUCCUGGAUCAUUCCCUGGAUUCCCGAGGCAGCUCGGGUGUGCACCAGCGGGCAUACUGCUGCCUCCGGGAGCUGGGCAAGAUGCUCUUUGGGGUGAAGGACAUUGCUCUGUUGGAGCACGGCUGCAAGGCCCUGGAAGUGGACAGUUACAAGUCCCUGAUGAUCCUGGGCAUCCCAGAGGACUGCGACCAUGAGGAAUUCGAGGAGAUCAUCCGCGUGCCCCUGAAGCCCCUGGGCAAGUUCGAAGUGGCCGGGAAGGCCUUCCUGGAAGAAGAGCGGACCAAGGCAGCCAUCAUUCGGCUGGAGGAGGACAUCAAUUACGCCGCGAUCCCCAAGGAGGUCAAGGGCAAGGGCGGCAUGUGGAGGGUGGUCUACAUGCCCCGGAAGCAGGACAUUGAGUUCCUGACCAAGCUGAACCUCUUCCUGCAGAGCGAGGGCAGGACGGUGGAGGACGUGGCCCGGGUCCUGCGGCAGGAGCUGUGCCCCACGGUGACGGGCCCCAGAGAGCCACCUGCCAGGAAGUGCCGGGCGCCCGGGCCCGGGGAGAAGCCAGGGGCUGGGGCCACCGCAGGCGCGGGCGCGGUCGGGGCGCCACCUCCGGACCCCGCGGAGAAGCAGAGCAAGGCUGGAGACGACAAGAGAGGCAAGCGGAAGCACAAGAAAAACCGUCGGCGACACCAUGCCUCUGACAAGAAGCUGUGAGGCCUGAUGACGGGGACAGCCCCUUUUGCUGAGUACCUGAUACCAGGAAGACACACAGACUUUUAGCUUUGGGCCUUGCUGGAAAUCCUGCUAUUGCGAAGUCUAAACACCGCCCCCCACCCUUUUUUUUUAUCUUUUAAAAGGAUGGACUUUGAAUGCACCUCUGGUGCAAACUCAUCCAGAGUGGGCCACCCUGUUUCGCACGUGGCAAGCAGAAGCCAUGCCUGACAAAGUGAGUUGCCUGCUUGCCACACCUGAGAAGCUCAGUGCUCUGUGUCCUACUCUGUCAAGAGCUGUCACUGUUCUGUACACACUCAGUCUCCCUUACAAGGACAAGGGAUGGUCAGACAUGAGACUCUUCUGCUCUGAUUGGCACAUGGGGUUAGGAUAUGGGUCUCCCCAAAUUCAACUCCAGAAGCUCUGACUUGUGCAGAGGGGGCUCCCCACUCUAAAGAACAGAAGGCAAGACCUUCAGGAAAUAGUCCAAAAGGAGGUAAAUAAUUAAGAGGUCACCUACAAGAGUUACCCGUUAACAACAUUAACUUUGGAGUCUCCCGUGAUGGUGGAGAAAAAAAAAAAAAAAACAGGCAAAAAAAUGAAUCAGGUAAAAUCGAAGUGUCCGUGGGUAGACAGAGCUCUAUUUCAGGGAGAUCCGAUUUGUGAUUUUGCAAAAUUCCAUUAGUUCAGGGAUUUGCAAAGGUUUGAGUUGAAGUUCUUUUGUUUUGUUUUGUUUUGUUUUGUUUUAAUACAAUUUACACACACACACCCCCAGAGGCUCAGAUUCCUACCUACCAAACCGUAAGAGUGGAGACCCCCAAUGUAUUACUGUAGUGGGCAUCGGUCACUUUUGUGACUUCCAGCAUCCAAGCCCUAUUCUUAUUUCUGUGAAGCUGCCCCUUGGGGCCCCCCUAACAGAGCCUAAAAGUGGAGAUUCUCUCUCUACCCACCCCUUCACCUUGGCAAUCAGGGUACAGGCAAGGGAUCCACCCUCAGGAGGUCAGAAAUUCCUCCUAGGCCCCUGCAUUCCCAGCAAUGGUCAAGACAGAAGGGAUUUUUAAGAGUUCCCUUGCUUUGACAACCUAAAAUCUGGAAGACUGAUUUCUGUGAACUCCCCCAGCUGGCUCUGAAUCAUCGCCUCAACCAUCUUUUCUCCUGUGCAAUGGUUGGGAUCCAGCUUUUCCUGCCCUCCCCACACAUAUAUUUACUCUUCUUCAAGUGCAUCUGUGGUCUAGAAGUUUGUAGUCCUCUCUUGAUCCUUUUCGCCCUUGUAACUUUCCAGCCUGGGCAAAUGCACUCACGGUGUGUAUUGUGCUACUGUGUUCACUCUUUCCUCAGAGUUCGGGCUUGAAUAAGACCUCAGGCACAUUUGCUUGUUGCAUGCUGUUCUCCCACCAAGGCACAGUCAUUGUAUCGUGACAAGGGACAGCGUGACGUUCCUUAUAGUCUUAUUGAAGUAUCAAGACUGUAUUUGUGCUUAUUGUGAGUUUCGGGUGUUUCCCCAUAUAACGUUCAUAUUUGUGAUACACAACGCGAGUGUGUGUCAAUGUUCAUUGUUGCCCCCAGAACCAAAUCUACCAGUUCUCAAGGUUUUCUGGAAGAGUUUCCUAACACAGCAAAGCAAGCAGUUGUGCAAACCUGUUACCAUUUGAAAUCAGUUAUCUGUGUGAGUCGAGACCUGGCUGGCACACAGCAAAUCCUACGUGAAAAUCCCCCCCCAAAAUUGGACGUGCUGGCUGAUAUAGAAGCCCGCAGCUGGCCUUGGUGAACCCCCAUUUCCAAGAGUGGGUUCCUUUAUAAUUCUUCAC